AUGCAGACAAUUUACAAUGUACGACAUCGAUGUAGGGUUCUACAGAAAGCUAGUAGAUCCCAGAUGCAACAACUGCUGGGUGAAUUAGCGAAACAUAAGUACAUUGAGCGUCAUCAAUGUGAGGAAGGCUCUAUGACUGUUACGGACUUGUUUUGGGCAUAUCCAGUGAGUUUGGAUUUGCUUCGUACAUUCCCUCGUGUGUUGAUUAUGGAUUGCACAUAUAAGACGAAUAGAUAUCGGCUUCCUCUUCUUGAAAUUGUGGGAGUAACAUCAACUCAUAUGACAUUCUCCAUGGCUAUCGCAUACUUGCAAACUGAGCGGGUUGAUAAUUAUGCAUGGGCGUUACAAACAUUGCGUGAUCUUAUGGACGACAGUGUUUUACCUGAAGUCAUUGUCACAGACAGAGAGCUUGCUUUGAUGAAUGCCAUUGACAACACCUUUCCGAAUGCUCGACAUUUGUUAUGUCGUUGGCAUAUUAAUAAGAAUGCAUUGACAAAAUGCAAGAAAAUGUUUGAAACAAAAGAAAAAUGGGACAAGUUUAACACUGCAUGGAACUACUUGAUAUUGUCAUCGACUGAAGAGGAAUACAAUGAUCACCUUGCAACACUACAUAAGGAUUUCAGUAACUAUCCGGAGGUAAUCAAAUAUGUUAUUGUGAGUUGGUUGAAUCCGUAUCAAGAAAAAUUCAUUGCGGUACAUAUAGACAUGUGUAUGCAUUUUGGCAAUGUUACAACCAAUCGGGUUGAGAGUGCUCAUGCUAGAUUGAAGAGGCAAUUAGGUUCAAGUCAAACGACAUUUGAGGUUUCAUUUGAAAAAAUACAUUGUCUACUUGAGUUGCAGCACAUUCAAGUUAAAGCAUCAUUCGAGAAGAGUUUGACAACUGUACAACAUCAAUUCAAACUUUCUCAAUUCAGAGAGCUCCGGGAUAAUGUGUCUAUUUGUGCAUUGGAGUACGUGUUAGCAGAGAGUAAGAGAGCAAAUUUAGUUGGAAUUGAUGUUGCAACAUGUGGGUGUGUUCUAAGGCGCACACAUGGUUUACCUUGUGCUCACGAGAUCGAACAGAAGUUGGAAUUGACUUGUAUCCCAGAACUUGAGUUGAUUUUAAAGCGGUUCGAAGAGUCUGAUAUUGCCACGCAAUUGGAUAUGUUGAAGAAGUUGAGGGAAAUUGUAAAUCCAGUGAGCACUUUUCUUAUUGAGCCCGAUGUAAAACCUAAUCCACGUCGAGGACAUAAGAAAAUUGAUAUAUCUUGUCGUCGUGACCCGUGUGCAUUUGAGUUGGUUGACGAUGAGCAUGAUAGCCAGAGCACAUUAGCUUCUAGUCAGUCAAAGAAAAAGAGAGCUUCAAAAGUGCAUGAGAAGAAGCGGAAUGUGAAGACAAAGACAUAUCAUACAAGAAUAAGUUUACCGAGUGCAUAUGCUACUGACUUCCUGCCUAUGUUAAUACCAUUCAUAAAGUUGAUGAAGGAUGUAGAUGGUGAUGGGAAUUGUGGAUUUAGAGCUAUUGCAGGUUUACUUGGUCUUGGAGAGAAUGACUGGGUGCAAGUUAGGCGUGAUCUGCUACUUGAAUUGAAUAAUCACAGAGAUCAAUACGUCGUACUAUAUGGGUUGCAUGAGAGGGUUAAGGAGCUGACACACAUCCUUUCAUAUUUUGAAAAUAGCCCAGGCUUUGAUCGUUGGAUGACUAUGCCUGACAUGGGGCAUCUUAUUGCAUCAUUUUAUAAUGUAGUCUUGUACCACUUGUCAUUGCAACAGUGUCUCACUUUCUUACCUUUGAGAUCACCGCCAGUAACCGUAGCUGAUCGUCGCAAGAUUGCCAUUGGAUUUGUCAAUGGAAAUCAUUUUGUGCAGGUGUUUUUGGAAGCCGGUCAUCCAGUUCCUCCCAUUGCCGUGCUUUGGCGAGUUCACCAUCACCCUUGUGCGUCAGAAUGGGAGAAUGCAUAUGUUAGCCGCGUUCAAAAAUUCAAGACAACAUAG